AUGCAGUUCUUCACUCAUGUCAUUGCUCUUGUGGCAGUAACAACACCACUAUUUGCCAGUGCUGCUCCAGUCACUUCUACUGAUGGGAUUAUCCCUGGCAAAUACAUCGUCCGAUUGAAACCAGAUGCCGACAUUGCGUCCAUAACUGCUCACCACAAUACUGUUCGCAAUAUACAGGCACGCAAUAUUGCUAAGCGCCAUCGCCGUCCAACCGCUACUGAGAAAGAGGCGGGGGUCGAACGUGAGUAUGGCUUCGGGAAAUUCAAAGGCUACGCUGGAGCUUUCGAUGCGGCGACUGUUGAGGAAUUAAAGGCUCUACCGGAGGUUAUGGAUGUUGUUGAAGAUUACAUCAUGUCCACCAAUGCGCUCGUCACUCAGAGCAGAGCGCCCUGGGGACUUGGAAGUAUUUCAUCACGCACCAAUGGUGCCUCCAGCUACAUCUACGACAACACUGGUGGGAAAGGGACAUUCUCUUAUGUCGUUGACACCGGUAUCAGGCUUACUCACCAGGAUUUUGGCGGCCGAGCUCAAUUCGGCUACAACGCAGUCGGUGGUGAUAACAACGACAACCAGGGCCACGGAACUCAUGUCGCCGGUACUGUCGGCGGCACAACAUAUGGCGUCGCUAAGCAGACUACUCUCAUCGCUGUUAAGGUCUUUGAAAGUUCCCAGGGCUCUGCGUCCUCUGUCAUUGCUGGUUUCGACUGGGCAGUCAACGACAUCGUGUCUAAGGGUCGACAGAACGCGUCUGUCAUCAACAUGUCUCUUGGUGGCCCUGGCUCGCCGAUCUGGGACCAGGCCGUCACGGCCGCGUGGAACCGCGGCGUCCUCGCCGUCGUCGCAUCAGGCAAUGAGAACCAGCUUGCCUCCAACCGCUCACCCGCCCGCUCGCCCGAGGUUCUCUGCGUCGGAAAUGUUCAGAGCAACGAUGCGCGUCGCGGCGGCACUACUGGAUCUAACUAUGGUCCCGCAGUCGAUAUUUUUGCUGCAGGCACAGGUAUCACGUCAGCUUAUUUCACCUCUGAUACUGCGACUGCUUCCAUGAGUGGUACUUCGAUGGCCUCGCCUCACGUCGCUGGCCUCGUAAGCUACCUGCGGGGUCUUGAGGGCUUGUUAAGCGCGGCUGAUAUCAAGGCGAGAGUACUGGAACUAGCGACCCCGGGUAGGGUGACUGAUACUAUGGGCUCGGCGAACUUAUUGGCUUAUAACGGCAACGGCAGGUAG